AUGUCUGUCGACCAACUUACUGCAGUGGUCAAGGAAAAAAUUGAACUCCUUGCCAAUUCCGAUGAAAGCUCAAUUAAACGCGGCGAAAUGUUUUAUGCCGAAAACAAUGUUCAGCUCAAGGGAGAAAUUGACGCUCUCAAGGAGAAAUUAACUAAUCUAGAAAUCAUAGCUGGAUUCUCUAUAGGUCUUCAAUUCUUUCCUCCUACUCUUGGUGCUCCCGUUGAAAAUGCUACAGGCACUGUUUCGGACCCUUCGGUUCACCCAUCUCACGAGCCGGAGUCUUCUCGUAGCUCAAAUAAAGAACAUUCAACUUCCGUCACUAAACCAACACCUCGACCCAAAGUUGAAAAGAAAGAUACAGAUUUGCCCGUCAAUGUCAGUCGUCUCGAUAUGCGAGUGGGCAAAAUCGUGGAGGUGGAAAAACAUCCUGAUGCAGAUUCACUCUUUGUGGAGAAGGUGGACCUGGGUGAAGGCAACCUUCGCACCGUGGUCAGCGGUCUCGUGCAACACGUGCCCAUGGAGAAGAUGCAGGGGUUGGUGGGCAUCUUUAUGUGCAAUCUUAAACCCGUCAAGAUGCGCGGCAUUGAGUCUUGCGGCAUGCUGAUGUGCGCUACUGAUGCAAAUAACAAGGUGGAACCUCUGGUUAUUGACAGCCCGACGGAAGUAGCUUUGGGUGACAGAGUCUACGUGCAGGGCUAUCCUGGCGAACCGGAUGCUCAACUAAAUCCUAAAAAGAAGGUGUGGGAGCAGGUGAAGCCCGAUAUGCGUGUGGACGGCGCCCACUUAGCCACCUACAAGGGUGAACCAUGGAAGCUGAAGAACAGCCCCAAUGCCGUCAUCAAGGCUCCCACCGUGGUGGACGCGCAGAUCUCCUAG